CGCGGGGCCGCGUCCGCCCCGGAAGUGCUCGCUGCUAGCCGGCUGGCGGGGCGUGGAGGCUGCGGGGCGGUCCACGUGUAGCUGCCGGGAUGAAGUUCGCGUACCGGUUUUCAAAUUUGCUGGGGACCGUCUAUAGGUGUGGAAACUUAAAUUUUACCUGUGAUGGCAAUUCAGUCAUCAGUCCUGUGGGAAACAGAGUCACUGUAUUUGACCUUAAAAACAACAAAUCUGACACUCUGCCCCUGGCCACUCGGUACAACAUCAAGUGUGUGGGUCUGUCCCCGGAUGGCCGCCUCGCCAUCAUCGUCGAUGAAGGGGGGAACGCGCUGCUGGUCAGUCUGGUCUGCAGGUCCGUGCUCCACCACUUCCACUUCAAGGGCUCUGUGCACAGCGUCUCCUUCUCCCCUGAUGGCAGGAAAUUCGUCGUCACAAAAGGCAACAUCGCUCAGCUGUACCAUGCCCCUGGGAGGAAGCGAGAAUUCAACGCGUUCGUCCUGGACAAAACCUACUUUGGGCCGUACGAUGAGACCACGUGCAUCGACUGGACAGAUGACUCCCGGUGCUUUGUGGUUGGAAGCAAAGACAUGUCCACAUGGGUGUUUGGGGCCGAGCGCUGGGACAACCUCAUCUACUACGCGCUGGGGGGACACAAGGACGCCAUCGUGGCCUGCUUCUUCGAAUCCAGCAGUCUGGAUCUGUACACGCUCAGCCAAGACGGAGCCUUGUGUGUGUGGCAGUGUGACACACCCCCGGAGGGCCUGAGGCUGAAAGCCCCCACUGGCUGGAGGGCAGACCUACUGCAGAGAGAGGAUGAGAAUGAGGAUGGGGACGAGGACGAGGAUGGGGAGAGAGAGGCCACCGUCCGAGGGAAGGCCGCGCCGGCCGCCGAGGAGCAGCCGGGCAAAGUGAAGUACUCUCGGCUGGCCAAGUACUUCUUUAAUAAAGAAGGGGAUUUUAACAACCUGACAGCUGCAGCGUAUCACAAGAAGACCCACCUCUUGGUCACUGGGUUUGCUUCUGGAAUCUUCCACCUUCACGAGCUCCCAGAGUUCAACCUCAUCCACUCCCUGAGCAUCUCGGAUCAGAGGAUUGCAUCCGUCUCCAUCAACAGCUCCGGGGACUGGAUCGCCUUCGGCUGCUCAGGCCUGGGCCAGCUGCUGGUGUGGGAGUGGCAGAGCGAGUCCUACGUGCUCAAGCAGCAGGGCCACUUCAACAGCAUGGUGUCCCUGGCCUACUCCCCUGACGGGCAGUACAUUGUGACUGGCGGGGAUGACGGCAAGGUCAAGGUGUGGAACACCCUCAGUGGCUUCUGCUUCAUCACUUUCACGGAACACUCCAGUGGGGUCACUGGCGUGACCUUCACUGCCACUGGCUACGUCAUUGUGACCUCUUCCAUGGACGGGACCGUGCGUGCCUUUGACCUUCACAGGUACCGGAACUUCCGCACCUUCACGUCUCCACGCCCCACCCAGUUCUCCUGUGUGGCUGUGGACUCGAGCGGGGAGAUUGUCUCUGCUGGGGCCCAGGACUCCUUCGAGAUCUUUAUCUGGUCAAUGCAGACAGGCAGGCUCCUUGAUGUUUUGUCUGGCCACGAGGGGCCCAUCAGCGGCCUGUGUUUUAACCCAAUGAAGUCGGUGCUGGCCAGUGCCUCCUGGGACAGAACGGUGCGUCUAUGGGACAUGGCCGACAGCUGGAGAACCACAGAGACCCUGGCCCUGACCUCCGAUGCUCUGGCUGUGACUUUUCGCCCCGAUGGUGCAGAGCUGGCUGUGGCCACACUGAACUCGCAAAUCACCUUCUGGGACCCCGAGAACGCCGUGCAGACGGGCUCCAUUGAGGGCAGGCAUGACCUCAAGACAGGAAGGAAGGAGCUGGACAAGAUCACCGCCAAGCACUCAGCCAAGGGGAAGGCCUUCACCACUCUGUGCUACUCUGCGGACGGCCAGAGCAUCCUAGCGGGAGGGAUGUCCAAGUUUGUGUGCAUCUACCACAUCAAGGAGCAGAUUCUCAGGAAGAAGUUUGAGAUCUCCUGCAACCUCUCGCUGGACGCCAUGGAGGAAUUUUUGAACCGAAGGAAAAUGACGGAGUUUGGUAACCUGGCACUAAUCGAUCAAGACGCCGGGGAGGAGGCCGGAGUUGCGAUACCGCUGCCGGGAGUGAAGAAAGGUGACAUGAGCUCUCGGCACUUCAAACCGGAGAUCAGGGUGACCUCGCUCCGCUUCUCUCCCACUGGGCGCUGCUGGGCGGCCACCACCACCGAGGGGCUCCUCAUCUACUCCCUGGACGCCCAGAUGCUCUUUGACCCAUUUGAGCUGGACACCAGCGUCACCCCCGGGCGGGUCCGGGCGGCGCUGCGCCAGCGGGACUUCACCAGGGCCAUCCUCAUGGCCUUCCGGCUCAACGAGAAGAAGCUGCUGCAGGAGGCCCUGGAGUCCGUGCCCUGGGACGAGAUUGACGUUGUCAGCUCCUCCCUCCCGGAGUUGUAUGUGGAGAAAGUGCUUGAGUUUUUAGCUUCAUCCUUUGAGGCGUCUCACCAUCUAGAAUUCUACCUCAUAUGGACUCAGAAGUUGCUCAUGGCGCAUGGUCAGAAGCUGAAGUCCAGAGCGGGGACGCUGCUGCCGGCAGUGCAGUUCCUUCAGAAGAGCAUCCAGCGGCACCUGGACGACGUCUCCAAACUCUGCGACUGGAACCGCUACAGCAUUCAGUACGCUCUGGCCGUUUCCAAGCAGCGGGGCAUGAAACGCCCCUCGGAACCGCUGGGAAGUGAGGAGGAAGCAGGCGCUUCUGACGACAAUGACAACGACGACGACGACAGUCUGCACCUGCUCGGAGGAGGACACGGGGGCGAGGAUGAGGACGGGCUGCUGGCAUAGAGCCACCGUGUUUGCAGUCCCGCUCAUUUCGGUUAAGACCCCAAGAGUUGGAACUGAACCGCACUGCCUGGGCCCGGGACGUGAGGGGAGGGCAACCCAGAAGUGUGGCAGUGCUGUCGCCAAGGACUCGCUGCUCCUGUAAGAGCCAAACAGGCAGCAGCGGCAGAGCAGGCUGACCAUCCCCAGCCAGCGCAGGCCCGGCCCACGGGGCUCGGGAUCCAGCGGCGGUAAUGAAGAUCAGGGAUGGUGUCUGCUGUUGAAAAAGCCUUCCAGAGACGAAUGGGUUCACAUUGAUAGACUUUGGAUGAGAGUUAUUUAUAUUUUUGAUAUGACAUUUUGAUGAUAAAUUUAGGGAUGAAAAAGAUGGGGUUUUGUAAAAUGCAAGUAUGAAUGAAGUCUAAACUCUGAACUAAAAAUGUUUAUAAUAUAUCCUGGGUGUGGUUGACAGGCAGGGGGAUCAGGGCCACCUGCCUGCUGGCACCUCCAUGCCCGGGGAGCAGGUGAGCAGGGCAGGUGGAUCGCCGGCCAUGUCCCCGCCCUCACAGCCCCCAGCCUAGGCCGCCUGCCCUGUAAUCUCCUACACAGGCUCGGGCAGGAGCAUCUGCCUGACUCUGACAUCAGAGAGGGACGUGCAGGAGCCUGGGGCUGGGACCGGAUGGUCCUCCUGGGGAGCUCACUCAGACCUGCCUGGCCAGCCCUGCACAGGCCACACAGGGGAGAGUCGGGCCGCUCUGCCCUGCAGUGCCCCUCGGGAAGGGUCCCUGUGAGAGUGUCUUGGACCAGCUUCUCAAAUAUAGCCAGGCGCCCGGUCCCUGUGGCUUGGGAGCAGCAGCCUCCAGUCAGGACACGGGCAGACCUGGGUGCAGUAUGUCCCAGAUAGCCUGUGGGCAUGGCUCAAAGGAAAAGGAAAGCCCUUCACAGCUGGCCUGGUGCCCACUGGAGGGGGCUGUCACCUGAGUCUGUUCACCCAGUGUGUGCUCAGGUCUCCAGUGUCACUGGGCGUUUGUUCCUGCUCGUCGUCUCCAAGCAUAACUUAGGCUGGAAAACUCUCUAGCAUUCCCUCCUCACCCCAGCUUUUUCUGUAACUUUCACGUGUGCAGGUGAAAUGCAGCUGAGCAGAGGCCCCUGGAGGUGCAGCUGACGGAAGUGGGGCUCUGCAGGUGGGGUCCAGGAGCAGUGGCCGAGUGGCCAGUGUGGUCAAGGCCUGGCAGCAGCACUGGGAGGAAGCUUGGUAGAGAGGCGGGGUCUUGGCUCCCAGACCGACUGAAUAGACUCUGUAUGUUAGUGUUUCCUUCCUAAAAGAGAGCAGCUGACCUAGUGCAUUUUAGCAUCGUCCCCAUGAUCACCAGCUAAUGUUCUGGAUGUGGCCCUGAGAAACAGUCCCUCAGGAGCCGUGAGAAGCCAGGAUGCCGGUGGGAGUGCAGGGAGGAUUGAGAACGGCUCUCCUGGGUCCAGAAGAAAUUGGGUCCAUCCAUAGAAAUGGAGGAGUCAGUGAUGAAGGUUCAGGAAUAAAGACAGUGAGACAUUC